GAUGCCCGUGUUUUCUGGUAGCCAGAUGUUGUUAGUGGUGCGUGUUGUUGCCGGUUGGGUCUGGGCUAGGCCUCGCUCCAGGGUGAGUAGGGUAUGUCACCAAUCUAAGGACGCUGAGUGUGGCUUGUAUAGCUUGGGCUUACUCAGUACUUAUGUCCGAGAAGCUUGUUGUGCCAUUAUAUAUUGGUCCUCCACCAGCAGGCUCCAUAGAUAGUGCUCCAUCAAGCCGUGGUCCACUGAUGUAUGUCAGUGAGGCUGGAGCCAGCGAGUGGCAAGUCUCUUUAGUUGGGCCAGGUCAUAUCAGGGACGUCCAUUCGGGUAGUAAAUCCACUGUGAAACUGCUGUGCCUCAACCUCUCCUGGAGUGAUGCCAAACGAUGUAGUACUUCAGUUUUGACAUUGUCACUGUCAGUAGCUGCCACACAGGAGUGCAAAAGCAGGCUUAUUUACAGAUUUUUUUAAAAAGGGACAUUUAGCUAUGGUUCCAAGUCCAUGAGGGGACACAGUUCCUCAUCAUCUGUGGCUGGUGAGGAGGCACUGGCAGUCUCCAGCUGCUCCCGGCAGCUCAACGUUGCUUCAAAGCACAAAGAGAGGCACAGCUAGUGGGAGUGCUCCAGUUUCCCCUCUCUCGCUCCUGAUUGGAACUGCCUUGAUGUUUAAGGAGACGAGUUGAUGAGGUGCAGGUGAGUUGAUCCAAUCCUGGCAACUUGAUGGCAGCUCUUGCUCCUGUGGCUGUGGCUUCAGCUCGGUCCGCCGUGCUGUCCGGGAUGUCAGUGUUUUCCGGCAACUAGACACUUGCUUGUUGGCUCCCCUUGGCCUGUCUGCCGGUGCAGGGAUCGGAGUGGCCUUAGGGUGGAUGCAUUGCCACAGGCCUUAAUAACAUUGAUCUAAACUUGAAUAUGAAGUCAUAAUAUUUUUCAGAGCUGACAUGAAAUGUUAAAAUGUGAGCAUUCAUUGUUACUGUUUCUUUCACUUGAUGCAUAAAUGAUUUAAAUCCACUUAACUGGCGUAAUUGAUGUACACGAGCAUUUAGUUUUAAAACAGGAACAUUUAUUUCGUUUUAUUCUUUUCCAGCAAAUAUUGCAGAAAUGACUUCAAACAUAUGGAACAUUAGAGAGAUGUUAAGCAUCCCAACAGCACUUGGGAUGACUAAAUCUGCCACUCGGAACAACGCUCCCAGUGAUCAUUCCAGCUUGACUGAUUCUCAGUUUCUUUUUGGAUCACAAUUUUGUCCUGAGAAUUCAGAGUCACAGGAUUUUAACUUGCCUCCAAGAAUCCAGAAGAAUUCCCAGCAGAACUCACAGCAGAACGACAGUGAAUUGAAAUUCUAUGAGAAAUACCAGGCAAAACCAUUUCUGUUUGGUGUGGAUAAUAAAGAGAGUCGUUCAUUGACUCAGUUUUGCCCUGGGAAACCCAUGGGAUUUCUGGAGCGGUUUGAAAUGAGCAAGCGAAAAGCAAAGGAAAAACUAGAAAGUGAAUACUUUAAUAACUGGAUUACUAAGCUCCAUGACAAUGUUGAAGUGAUUAAGGUAUCCUUUAAUAAACUUGAACAGAAAGCAGAACUACAAAACAAAUCAGUUCAAGAAGGAUUGGAAAAUUUAUCAAAAACAAAUGACGAUUGACCUGCUGUGUAUUUCCAACAUGUCCUGUUUUAUUUCAGUUAUGAUGAGACUGGUUGCCAGAAUUGUUUUCCCCAUAACAAUGGAGAAUUAAAGUGUAUAACAUUACAA